AUUCGUCUGUUUUGUUUUUGACUGCUGCUGCGUAGGAAUACAUUUCUCAAACAAAGUUUAAUUAGUGCUUUUUACAUAUAUUUUAUAAUCUAAUAUUUGAAUAAUAUAUAUUACUCUUUUACUUUCUUAACAAACAAUGUCAUCGAAAUCGAAAAUUAUCAUAGGUCCUGGAGCAAUUGUUUGUAAAGAGAGUGAAUUGGUUGGAGAAAUAACAAUUGGCGGUCGGACUGUUAUACAUCCAAAAGCUCGCAUCAUAGCAGAAGGUGGGCCUAUUAUUAUUGGAGAAUCCAAUUUAAUUGAAGAACAAGUACAAAUUAUUAAUAAGGGUAAUCCUAAAGAUCCUGAUUCCCAGGUACCUAUGAUAAUAGGUUCCAAUAAUGUGUUUGAAGUUGGUGCCUAUAUUGAAUCUAUGAAAAUUGGAGACAACAAUGUUCUUGAAUCUAAAUGUACUAUUGGAAAAUACACACAAUUAACAUCUGGAUGUGUGAUUGGAGCAAAAUGUGAGUUAGUUUGCAAUGAAAUUAUACCAGAAAAUACUGUGAUAUAUGGGUCUACUUGUGAACGUCGCCAUCAGGCAGAGAAACCAGCUCCACAAACUUUGCAAUUGGAUUUCUUAACUAAAAUUUUGCCCAAUUACCAUCAUUUGCGGAAACCAACUCGUAUUGAAUCAAAAUCGCGACGCAAAGUAACUAUUGGUGUAAGUAACUACAGAUGAGGGAGCUUGAUAUAUCCAUAGCCCUCUUUGUGUGUGUUCCUUUCCUUUCCUACAUCUCCUUGUCCUUUGACCAGAUCAGUCAGAAUAUAGGAACCGGAUCAAAGCUUAACUGCAGCUGUCUGCUCUGCUUACUACUUGUCAAAUGAAGUUGUGAAGCAACGUAAUAAUACUCUUCGAGAAUUUUGUAUUCUACUUUUCCUUGAGCAUUGCUGAAGAGCUUAGAAAAUAAAAUAAAAAAAUAACAAAAUUUCAAUUCGAAAAUAAAGAAUUUUGCAGCAUGAAAA